CAACUUUUCACAGGGGCUGCACUUGCUACUAAUAUUCCUGCAAGUCGAAUUGGAUUUGGAGGCAUUCGACAACGUACCGGGGUAACCGCUAAUACUUCUGAUACUGCAUUGGGAGUCGUAAGGCCAGUUACAUCUGUCAGAGCAGCAGGUUUUACCUCAACGGCUAUAGGAAAUAGAAAAAUGGCCUCAUUCACAGGGAUGGGAAAAUAUAAUAUUGGUCAAAAUUGGUCUUCAGAGCAAGGUCAAUUUCUUAUUGGACCUCAACUUGAUUCCACUUUGGGGCCACCAUUGGAAGGGAAAGGCGACGAGACAGCAGAAGAGAAGAUAAAAAAUAUGGAAAAACGCGUGAGUUAUCUGUUAGACAAUCAUAAUUCGCCUUACGACAAUUCCUAUUAG